GUAAACAGGAGCGUUAGCGAGAAGGAAAAAGGAGCGCGGGAUGGGAGCGGAGGAGCAGGAGGAGGAUGUUACAGCUCCUUCUUCGGGGAGGGAGAAGCAGCAGAAAAGUGCUAAAGAAGUCUAUUUCAGCAUCUUGCCGGAUAAAUAUGAGCCUCUGAUCGAGGAGGAGACGGAGGAGGAGAGGAGGAGGAGGAAGGAGGAGAAAAAGAAGAAGAGGAAAAAGAAAUAUAAGACGUAUCGGAAGAAUGCUGGAAAAGCUUUGCGCUUCAGCUGGCGCUGCCUGCUGGCCGGCCUACAGAGCAUGGCGUCCGUAUACUCCACGCCGCUCUCCACUGUAGCCACGGUGGUGACGGAGAUCAACCAAUCCAGCAGCAGUAGAGCAUGAUGGGAAGUCGAAUGAUGAAGAUGAAGGGAUCCUGAGAUUAAACCAAUGACAAGGGUGUUUACAUGUUUAUCGGCUUUGUUAUACUGUGAAGUUUUAAGAUUAAAGAGAGAUGUUUGUAAAUCGCAUUUUCAAAGUCCAAGUCUUAAGUCUGCGGACUCAAGUCUUAAAUCUUUGUAUUCAAGUCCUAGACAUGUCUAAAGUCUUUGGACUCAAGUCUAAGCUGUCUGGAUUCAAGUCCAAGAUAGGUUUCAAGUCUUUGGACUUAUGUCUAAGUCCAAAGAUUUAGAUCUAGAUCUCUGGACUCUAGUCUAAUUUAUCCGGACUAAAAUCUCAAGUCAGUUCUAGAUUUCAAGUCUUUAAGUCUCUGGACGCAAGUUCAAGACAGGUCGCAACUCCCUAGACUCAAGUUUAAGGUGACUGGAUUCAAGUCUAAGGUCUGCGGAUUCAAGUCCUUGUCAGAUCUAGAUCUCAAGGAUCUGGACCCAAGUCUAGGAUCUCUGGAUUCAAGCCCAAGACAAGUCUCAAGUAUGUGGACUCAAGUCAAAGAUCUGUGGGUUUAAGUUCAAGUCAGAUCUAGACCUCAAGUAUCUGGACUCAAGUCUUAGACAGGUCUCAAGUCCCUGGAUUCCAUUCCAAGAGAGAUCUCAAGUAUCUGGACUCCAAUCCAAGAUGUCUGAAUUCAAAUCCAAGACAUAUCUCAGGUAUAUGGACUCAAGUCUAAGGUCUCUGGAUUCAAGUUCGAGUCAGAUCUAGAUCUCGAGUAUCUGGAUUCGUGCCUAAGGUCUCUGGAUUCAAGUCCAAACAAGUCUCAAGUAUUUGGACUCCAGUCAAAGAUCUGUGUGUUCAAGUUCAAGUCAGAUCUAGAUCUCAAGUAUCUGGACUCAAUGCUCAAGUCCCUGGAUUCCAUUCAAAGACAGGUCUCAAGUAUCUAGACUCAAGUCUAAGGUAUCUGGAUUCAAGUCCAAGUAAGGUCUUAAGUAUCUGAACUCAAGUCUAAGGUCUUUGGAUUCAAGUUCAAGUCAGAUCUAUAUCUUAAGUAUCUGGACUCAAUGCUUUAAAUAUCUGGACUUAAGUCUAAUAUGGGUCUCAAGUUUUUGGACUCAAGUCUAAGGUCCCUGGAUUUAGUCCAAGUCAAGUUUGAAGUCCUGUAAUUCUAUCAAGCAAGUUUAUCUCAAAAAACCACAGAAACUAUAUUGAUUUUCUCCUUUCAGCUGAUCCCUCUGAUAUCAUCACAGCAAAUCAUCCGGUUCCAUCUCAUGACUCCUCCUCUUUCCCACCAACCACCCCAAAGUUCUCCUUCACUGCAUGUAUAAAAAGCAACAAUACUUUUGCAUUUAAAUAACCGACUGUAUUUGAAAAGCAUGUUUGGAAAACAAAGAAGCUCUCACUUA